AUGAAUAAUUAUCGGAAUGAUACAAUUACUGGUAAAGACAGAUUGGUUAACCUUAAAUUUGGGAAUUGGAAUAAUAGAGAAGGAAUUAAUUUAUCUAAUUUAAAUGAAGUUUUGCCUGCAACUUCAAUUUCAAAAUUUCCUACAAAUGUUGAAGAAUUUAAAUAUUUUACACAACAACAAAAGGUUAUUCUUUUUUUAAAUUAA